AUGAAAGCCUUGACUCUAGCAGUCCCUAUUAGCCAUGAAGAUGGUAAAGAGGUGCCGAUUCAAGCAGAAGCCCCAAAGAGUAUAGUUACCAUAAAUGGGCUCAUUCUGGCGUGCCCAUGCUUAUUUCAGCUGGCUUCUCCCUGUUUAGCUAUUUUCCAUUUUCAUGUGAGAAAUGGUCCUGUCCCUUCUGAUGGGCUUGCAACUUCAGAUUUGGCGGCACGAGUUAAAUAUAAGGCCUUCCGGAAAAUUAUAUGCAGUGCAAUUUCUUCAUCAGGAACAUUUUUUUUUCCAACCUUGUGA